CUUCUUUUUCUUUUAAUUUUAAACUACCGUGUUAUGCAACCUCAAUCCGAUGAUUCACGAUCGGAUGAUCCAAAUAAUAAUAACGGCAUGAUAACUGCCCUUAGCCCAUUAGAGCAACAGGCUCCUCAUACGAAUGAACCUGACAAUGAAUCAACAACAACAAAAAUCGACGCACAUGCAUUCACAGCCGACAUGUUCAAGCCUACAGCGUCUCAUUUAUUUUUGAAACGUAAACGAGCUUCGCAUGCUUAUAUACCCGAGUCAGCUGAACGUGUCAAAAGAUUGUAUCCAGAGCUGCAGGCAGAUCAGGACUUUCUUCACCAAAUGCUGGAUAUCUGGACAAACAAAUUGCACCAACUUCAGACGGACCAACUGAUACUGGAAAGGAUGGCUGGCAUACCGGAAUCACAACUACAAGGAGUCAGCCCGCUUGGUGGCUCAUUCAACUAUACCCAACAACAACGCACGCGAGCCUUGGCAAAUGGCAAAAAAACCAGGCAGCCAUGUUUACGACGACGCCGAGAACAACUACAAAAACAUCAUUACAAUCACCGUGAGCCCGUAAACGGGAAUGACGAAGCCGGCGAUGUUGGUAUACAUGACGGAGAGCAGCAAGAGCGUAAAGAAGAUGAUGAUGCGGAUAUUGGCGGUGGUGAUGCUGCCAAAGAUGGCGGUAGUGAUGAGGACGAAAACGAUCGACACAUUUGGGACGCAAGAGCAAUGUUAAGCGACGAUAGUGACAACGAGAAUGGAGCGGAUGAAGAUGAGGAAGCUGCACGUCGUGCACUGACAUUCAUGCUGGCCGAGUUCGGGGAUGAACUUGAGUAACUACAUAUCACAGUUGUUACUAGCUUUCUUAGUUGUUGAGGAUAGAAAAGGAACCAAAGAAAAUCUUCAAUUGUAAGUAAUACCCACAAAACAUUGAAACGAGUAAACGAAAAUUCUUCGGCUUUUACUGAUGCAGUCUAAAGUCAAACGACGUA